UAAUUCGUGUUUAAUGGUGGUUGCGUUUUAGUUCCGGAGUGAAUCCCUCCUAGAAAUAAGCCGGAUAAUCAGCGAAAAUGCGUAUUUUCGGGCCGUUUAGGUGAUAGUAACUACGUCGUCUCUUCGUUUGAUCGAUCUAAAGCGCGGUUUGGGUGAAAUCCCACCCGAAAGUUGCCACAAACUUCGCAAACGUUAAGCAUCAAUUAUUCGCUUUUAUUGUUUGGAAAGUUGAUAAAACAUGGUUCGAGGCAGAAAAGUUCGCGCUGUUGUUUCGUGCCCGGAAAAUGACGAUUGCUACUCCCCCAAUCCGAAGCGGAAGGGGCAAAAGGCGGAGAAGACUCAAACGAUAACUCGAUUCUUUCAGACGGUGGUUCAAAUGGAUUAUAACGAAGCUAUGAUUGACGAGAAGACCGAGAAGUUUGAGAUUAUCGACGAGGAAUGUAUCUUACAAGAAACGAAGCUUUUGGGUUUAAACUCGACCCCGCAACAUUACGAUUUAAAAUCGACACCACACCGAAUCGAAUAUCGAAUGGAAACCGCUCGAAACCCCACAAUCUCUUUGUCGAUCGAAAAGCAACAGGAACAAGUGGUGCCCGUUGUUGAAAAAGCACCGAAAGGAAAAAGGAAACCAAAAAGUGAUUUGGGAAACACGAAGUUAACAGAGUUCUUCCCCGUUCGGCGUUCAAUUAGGAAAACGAAGAAAACCGUUUUAGAGGAGAAACAAAAAUCGUUAGAGGACGCCGUUCGAAGCGGCUCCGAAGAUGGUUUAUUAGUUAAAAUAUUCGACGGCAAAGGAAGAGGGGUCGUAACAACAAAAACCUUCGAAAAAGGCGACUUUGUAGUUGAAUACAGCGGUGACUUAAUCGAUUUAACCGAAGCUAAUCGUAGGGAACAAAAAUACUCUUUGGAUCACACCGCCGGGUGUUAUAUGUAUUAUUUUAAAUAUAGAAACCAACAGUAUUGGUGAGUUUAACAAAAAAAAACUUAUU